GUUCUUCGGAUUAUGCAUGUAUUGUUAGUGUAAUUAAUACCAAAAAUGGAAAUACAGGAAUUACUGCAAAAUAUAGCCUUCAUUCAAAUGAUUCUAAAUGGGCAGAUAAUGAUGAUUAUGGUGUGAUAAAGUUUGAUUAUAAUGGUGGAUUACAAUAUAAAACAGGAUGCUUUGACUGGGGAUUAGAUCCACCUAAUCUAGUGAGAAUUGUUACAUUUGGAUAUCCAUUUGAUGGUGAAAUGAAUUGUUGGAGGUCCUUGGGUAAUGAAAAAUCAAAUUCAAAUAGUUUUGGAUAUUUAAUUGGUAUUAGAUCAUUUGAGGAUAUUGGUGAAGAUGGUGCUACAUUUUCAUAUAUAUUAAAUUUAACUCUUAUUAAUGAAUUAGCUUUGUAA